AUGAAGCGCUCUUUGAUACUUCUUCUACUGAUAAUUCUGAUCUUAUCGCCACUGAUCUCUCAAUUUUGCCUCUCUGAUCAGAGCAAUCAGGUCACCAAGCUAUUCGGCCCUCUACUGCCGCCAAAACCCAGUCAACAGGAUGUAGCAAUAGUGGCUGCUCUGGAUGGGACGGUGCAUUUGGUGGAUACUAAUUUAAGGAAAAUCCGGUGGUCUUUUCCGACUGGUUCGCCUAUUUAUUCUUCUUAUCAAGCUACAGUUAGCAAUGAUGAUGACAGGCAUAAUGGUUCUGAGCUUAGUAAAGACAUGUAUUAUAUUGAUUGUGGAGAUGAUUGGGAACUUUACGUGCAUAGCCAGCGCUUUGGAAAAUUGCGAAAACUCUCAUUAAGUGCUGAUGAGUAUGUUAAAAUGACGCCACAUAUAUCGGAGGAUGGAGAAAUUACAUUGGGGUUGAAAAAGACUACCGCUUUUCUUGUUGAUGCAAAAACUGGAAGGGUUGUUCGCACGUAUAAGUUUGAUCAUCCUGCUUCGAAGGUAGGGGUUCAUGUUUCUGAAGGGACUGCUGUUAUGUUGUCGAAAGAUGCUGGAGAAUUGGUAGAAUCUGGUGAUGUUGAUUUGGGAACAUUAAAGCAUCUGGUUUACAUCACAAGGACAGACUAUGUGCUGCAACACCAUUCUCCAAACUCUACUGAGAUAUUAUGGAAUGUGGCAUUUGCAGAUAUUGAGGCUGAAUUUCGGUGUCAGGGGAUUCAGAGUUCUUUUGAUGGGGUGUCUCUGAAUGCCAAUGAAGACAUGGAUGAGAUUGAGUGGCAAUUGCCUUGUCAGAUGAAGACAGUGGCCCUCCGAAUUCGUGACAACAGUAUGCUUGAAUUUGAUUUACUAGCAAUUUCUCAUCUACAAGGUGGAGCUAACUUUCUUCCUGUUCCAGAUAACAAACCUCCUUUUGGACAUGUUCCUAGAUUUCAGCCGGCUCUUCCCACCAGUGGAGACAUACCUAUGCUUGCGUUGCCCUCAUCUGAGGCCAAAAACCCUGGGAUAUUGGCUCCUUUUAGUGGAAACAGUGGUACAGUGAAUACCAUAAGCCCAUCUUCCGAAAUUAUAGGGAAGUCUCAUGUGUGGGCUAUUAUUACAGCUGUUUUGUCAAUUAUGGGGUUCAUCUUUCACCAAUAUUUAGCAUCCAGAAAACAAGGCAAGUUGAAUAAACCGAUCGAGGAACUUCAAACCCAUUCUGGGAUGCCAAAAAAGAAGAAAAAUCGGAGAUCAGGAAGCAACAAGAACAAUCCCAGUAAUGAGAAAAUGCAGAAAUAUGGGUCUCUUCAGAGUAAGGUUGGAGAAACCAAUGGACUUUUGCCUGUUGAAGAAAAUGAAAGGAAGUUGUUAUUGACUUUUACUGAUCAUGUUGAUGGUCAAGUAGAUGGUCGUAGGAUUGGCAAGUUGUUAGUUUCGAACAAAGAAAUUGCUAAGGGGAGUAAUGGUACGAUUGUGCUUGAGGGAAUUUAUGAUGGGCGUCAUGUCGCUGUUAAGCGCCUGGUGCAAACCCAUCAUGAUGUGGCUUUGAAAGAGAUUCAGAACCUUAUUGCCUCUGAUCAGCAUCCAAAUAUUGUUAGAUGGUAUGGGGUGGAGUAUGAUCAAGAUUUUGUUUAUCUUGCAUUGGAACGCUGCACCUGCAGCUUAAAUGACUUCAUUUAUGUUAAUUCUGAAUCCUUCCAAAGUCAAAUACUAUCCAAGGAUAUAGACUCUAACCGCUUGUCUGAGUAUAUGGUUCGAUUGCAUUCAAUGCUGGAACAUAACAGAAAUGUUGAAUUGUGGAAGGCCAAUGGCUAUCCUUCGGUACAAUUGUUAAAAUUAAUGAGGGAUGUGGUUUCUGGACUUGCCCAUUUGCAUGAACUUGGAAUUGUACAUCGGGACUUAAAGCCUCAGAAUGUUUUGAUUAUUGGUGAGAAAUCUUUUUGUGCAAAGCUGUCAGAUAUGGGCAUUAGCAAGCACCUACUUGGGGACAUGUCUUCCUUGACCCAGCAUCCAACGGGUUAUGGGAGCUCAGGCUGGCAAGCACCUGAACAACUACUGCAUGGACGCCAAACACGUGCAUUAGACUUGUUUAGUUUAGGCUGUGUUCUAUUUUUCUGUAUAACGGGGGGUAAGCACCCGUUUGGUGAUAGUAUAGAACGUGAUGUCAAUAUUGUCAAUGAUCGGAAGGACCUAUUCUUAGUAGACAAUAUACCAGAAGCUCUGGAUCUUUUCACCUGUCUCUUGGAUCCUGACCCAGAUAAGAGGCCAAAAGCCAAACAGGUUUUGAAUCACCCCCUGUUCUGGACUUCUGAGAAAAGGCUCUCAUUUCUCCAGGAUGUUAGUGAUCGAGUGGAGCUGGAAGAUAGAGAGAGUAAAUCAGAACUCUUGGAUACAUUAGAAAGUACUGCAACAGUGGCAUUGAAUGGGAAAUGGGAUGAAAAGAUGGAAGCUGCAUUUAUUAACAACAUCGGCCGCUACAGGCGUUACAAGUUUGACUCUAUUCGUGAUCUAUUGCGAGUCAUACGCAACAAGUCACAUCACUAUAGGGAACUCCCUCAAGAGAUUAAGGAAUUACUAGGGUCACAUCCAGAAGGAUUUGAGAGCUAUUUUUCAUCUCGAUUUCCAAAACUCUUGAUUGAAGUCUAUAAAGUGAUUUUCCAGCAUUGCAAAGAGGAGGAAUUUUUUCGAAAUGAUGCCUAUAAUUUGAGCAGUCCAGUCCUUGAUGGUUGUCUUGCUCGGUUCAUCAUGGUCCCAUUUCUUUCAAACGAUGGUGGACGGUUUUUCAAACUCGCCAUAUCUUCUCUAUCUGCACUCUGGCAACAACAGGCUACCACAUUUUCCACUGGGGACACUAGGCUAAUCGAGUAUUAUCAUGCAAAAGUUUGCUCCUACAUGUAUACUGUAGAAAAGGUAAUGGCAUGUGCAGAGCUGACACAUCCGUCUUCAAAGAUGAGGCAACUUUUGUGUUCAGAUCAGAAUUUUGGCUAG